CUCUCUCUCUCUCUCUCUCUCUGUUUGCUUCGGCGGCUCAAACUUCUCGUUCUGUUACUCGACGCGUAAAAACUUUGGAGAGCACCCUCUCCCUCCUCCUCCCCCUCCUCCUUCUCCUCCUCCUCCUCCUCCUUUUCCCUCCGUGCGUAAUUAGUUGGAGAGCGUUUGGAAACUUGUGAUGGCCAUGAAGAAAUCUCACUUUAUUUCUGACACCUGUUGCUGAGGACACCGCGCACACAGUCGUGCACAACAAAGAGCGUAUGUCACUUAUUCCUGACUUUAUUUCUACAUUUCCAACAAGUUGGGACUUCUGUGGCGGUACUGACAGGUCCACGGAUUGCCGGAGGACGUUUUUUACUUCUAUACACUUUAAAUCGACUUUCUGGGACUCAGACAAGGACUUUGGUGUGAUCGAGCAAGGAAAAGAAGUGUUACUUGGAAGAAUUUGUAUGCCACAGCGAACGCUCUACAGCGAGCUGCUGUGGUGUCUGACUGAAGGGGUUUCCCUCUAAAAAAAAAAAAAGAAAAGAAAAAAAGAAAAGACACCGAUCUGUCUGCAGCUUUGAAGCCGGGCAGAGAGUCACACUUUUCGGACUUGAGCGCUGCGGUUGGUGGAACGAGAAACUUUUUCCUGGAGAGCUGGGCAACAGCUGGAUUUGAGCACAGCAGACCAGGUUGGGUGCUGACUAUAGUGGACUUCAGGACAGAGGUGUUUUUUUCCCCUCUGCUCCUCCCUCCUCCUCUCUCCGACUGUGCCAGCACUAAACCCACAGAGCACUUUCCCCAGCACCGGCUGUGUGGCGGUGGCGCGGCUGAUCAUGGACAACAGGCCUGUCCGGAGAAGGCGAACCGGUGCCGUGCGACAUCUGCUCCUGGCAGCCGCCUUCCUCGCCUGCAGCUCCCAACUGCUGGUGGUGGAUGCCAACUCAUGGUGGUCACUAGCUCUGACCCCAAUCCAGCGGCCAGAGAUGUACAUCAUCGGAGCUCAGCCUCUCUGCAGUCAGCUGUCUGGUCUCUCUCAGGGCCAGAGGAAGCUGUGCCAGCUGUACCAGGACCACAUGAUCUACAUUGGAGAUGGAGCCAAGACAGGCAUCAAGGAGUGCCAGUACCAGUUUAGGCAGAGGAGAUGGAACUGCAGCACUGUGGACAACACGUCUGUGUUUGGACGGGUCAUGCAGAUUGGCUCCAGAGAAACAGCCUUCACUUACUCCAUCAGCGCAGCCGGCGUGGUCAACGCCAUCAGCCGGGCGUGCCGUGAGGGCGAGCUCUCCACCUGCGGCUGCAGCCGCGCCGCCCGACCCCGCGACCUGCCUCGUGAUUGGCUGUGGGGUGGCUGCGGCGACAACGUGCACUACGGCUACCGAUUUGCCCGGGAGUUUGUGGACGCCAGGGAGAGGGAGAAGAAUUACCCACGUGGUUCUGCAGAGCAUGCCCGGACACUGAUGAACCUGCAGAACAAUGAAGCAGGAAGACAGGCGGUCUACAACCUUGCAAAUGUGGCCUGUAAGUGUCACGGUGUCUCAGGGUCCUGCAGUCUGAAGACUUGUUGGCUCCAGCUGGCCGACUUCCGCCGUGUCGGCGAGUUCCUGAAGGAGAAAUACGACAGUGCGGCUGCCAUGCGCAUUGGACGCAAGGGCAAGCUGGAGCUGGUAGACAAGCGCUUCAACACCCCAACCCCAGAGGACCUGGUCUACAUCGACCCAAGCCCUGACUACUGCCUCCGCAACGAGACCACAGGCUCGCUGGGCACACAGGGCCGCCUCUGCAACAAAACCUCGGAGGGCAUGGACGGCUGCGAGCUCAUGUGCUGCGGGCGAGGAUACGACCAGUUCAAGACCUACAAGCACGAGCGCUGCCACUGCAAGUUCCACUGGUGCUGCUACGUCAAGUGCAAACGCUGCACGUCUCUCGUGGAUCAGUUUGUGUGUAAAUAGCACUGGAAGGGGGCGAGAAAGGAGGCGGGGGAGAGUAGAUAGAGAGGGAGGUGGAGGGUGAAGGAUAGAAGACAGGAGGGUGAAUUUUCAGGGUUUUGUUCAGGAUAAAUUACGACACACAUGUUCAAUUUUCUGACCAGUUUCCUUACCUCCUCCAUUUAUAAACCUCCUGCCUUUUCACAUGAAGAACAACUGUGUGGCUAUUCUUUUCAGCACAGUGAUGUAGAGAUAGAUAGGGAAGAAGAAGAGAUGGAAGGGAAGCUCGGAAGCAAGGAGGGAUGUGCUUUCUUCCAUUGUUUUCGGACAGACAACCAAUUUUUUAACAGAGCUUCCCGUUUCUCACCGCUCUAUCAUCACGUUCUGCUGUUCCUGUAUAAUAUCCUGAUCACAACCCUGAAGGAAACAGAAUGGACGAACAAGGAAGGACAUCAAGGAUAAAUGGACCUAGAAAGUGGAACAACUGGAUCCUGAAAAGGAGGGACACAUGCAUCUAGUGUGAUAACAAAGAUAUGAGAGAUGAAAUAAAUAUAUAAUUAAAUAAUAAAUAAACAUACAACUCUGAUUGUUAUUUAAAGAGGCUUGAGGCACAGUUUGGACUCAUAACACUCUUGGAGCUAUUUGAGUGUUGUUAUCGUGUCUCUUUGAAAGAACUUUUGACCUUUUUAACCGUGCAAGAGUACAUGAGUUCAAACACACUUGCAGAAAACACCAGAAAUGCAUAAAACAGACGAGUAGAAGAGGAAUCACUUAUAGGGUGUGGAAAACAGAAAAGGGGUGAAUGGAGGGGGAAAAAGGGAAGAAGUUACAUGAACUUUGGUUGAUUAUUUUGCAACAAAAUUCAGGAGACGUGCCACACAGCUGACUGGGAAACUCAAAAACGGGUAUUUUCCAGCUGUAGAUUUCUGUUCAUAAAAUGCAGUAAAGUGCAGUAAAAACACUUAAUCUUCGAGUCAAGAAGGACAAAUGACUAACAGGACUCUAUCCAUUUGUCUCGGUGUAAGUACUGGUGUUAAAGCAGAUUUCCAGUACCUGUGAGCUGACAAGUGUGUCUGUGCAGGUUAAUGAGGCUUGCCGGUUUCAGCCAUCUUGACAACCUCGACCAUUUAAACAAGCAGCUCCGGCUCUGUGACCUUCAUCUGACAGUGAAGUGAGCAAAACCUCCAUUAGUGAGAUUAAUGUUCUGUAUCUGCCUUAAUGAACACGCACUAAGAGACACGUUCACUGUGAGUGGAACUCUUCAUCUCGUUAUGUCUCGUCAUGUCGUUAUGCAACUUGUUAAGUCAACAGAAAGCCCUGUGGUGUCGAUUUUGGCAGUUGUGCCACAAAUUUUUAUAUUUUCUAAUAGUUAUGCCAUGAAUUUUCCAAUUUGUAUGGGUUGGGUUGAGAUUAUUGUAAACGUAUAAUGUAAUCCAAUCGAUAGACUCAAUCAUGAAGAGGACAAAGUGGACAGAAGAGGACUGAACAUGCUUUGGAAGAACUGAAUGUUUGAACGUGGAAAAACAGAAAGGACUGCAAUUUAUAAUGUGCUACUUUUUUAAAAAAGAAAAAGAAAAAAGUAGAUCAGAAAAGAAGGUAUAUUUUAUUAUUGUUUUUAAUUCUCUGUUUUCUAUGUUUUAUACAUGAGUAUUAUUGUGUAUUCUUUUGAUAAAGUAGUCUUCGACAA